AAUUAAUAUCUCCCGUACUCUUUUGAGUACGACUUUAGACGGCUUUUAAAGAAGACAACCCGAAGAACGAUGAAAGGCACCCAUUAUUUUGAUGAGGAUGGUAUGGAAAAAUUAGAAUUAUGGCAGAAGAAGAUCUGAUCAAAGUUGUUACACAGAAAGUAUGAAUGUCAAAUGUUGAAUUAUUGUAAUAGAAGAUAUAAGAAAUGAAUAAUCAAGGUAAUUUUCCAAAUUUUCCCACUCUGAACCCAGGACAAAUGGCUGGUCAGAAUAUGCAGCAGAUGAUGGGUGGGGGAAAUGCCAAUAACCCCUUGAUGAACAUGUUUCAAAAUAAUUUACAAGGAAUGAACCAACAACAGAGGGCCAUUUUCUUUGAAAAUUUCCAGCGCAACUUUCAGAUGAUGCAACAACAGUCUAACAGUGGUCCUCCUUUGCAGCAACAAGGUUCAAUGGGCAAUAUGAAUCAAGGAUUACAUAAUCAAAUGUUACAAGAAUUCAUGAGAAUGCAGGGGAAUUCCCAAGUUCAAGGAAUGAUGGGACAGUCUCAGAAUGCUAUGGGAAGUCAGAAUCCACAAGCACAGGGAAUGAUGGAACAGUUGCAGGGUAUUAUGGGAAGUGGGAAUUCCCAAGUUCAAGGAAUGAUGGGACAGUCUCAGAGUGCUAUGGGAUGUCAGAAUCCCCAAGCACAGGGAAUGAUGGAACAGUUGCAGGGUAUUAUGGGAAGUGGGAAUUCCCAAGUUCAAGGAAUGAUGGGACAGUCUCAGAGUACUAUGGGAAGUCGGAAUCUCCAAGCACAGGGAAUGAUGGAACAGUCGCAGGGUAUUAUGGGAAGUGGAAAUUCCCAAAAUCAAGGAAUGAUGGGCCAGUCUCAGAGUGCUAUGGGAAGUUGGAAUCCCCAAGCACAGAGAAUGAUGGGACAGUCUCAAGGAAAUACAGGAACUGGAAAUUCCCAAAUAAUGGGCAUGCAGCCUGGUGUGAGCAGGCAGCAAGGUCUACAACAUGGUUUGAUUGGGAACCAAAGCACAAUCAGUGCUCAUAUUAUGGCACAACAGUCAGGAGGGAAUCAGAGACAACUACAUCAGUCAGUAAGUGGUGGUAAUAAAUUGACAAAUAUUCAGGGUACGGCCCAUCAAUAUAGCAUUGACAAAACAAAUGUGAGGCAAGGUGUAACACAAAAUAGAAACACUAUGCCUUCAGCAACCGAAGGUCACAGUUUAACCGUUAGUCAAAGUCCAUUUGUGUACACAAAAAGUACUGGACAAGCAUCUUUAUCAAAUGAGGUGAAACAGACUUUAAAUGAGCCUCCAAGACUGAAGAGUAUUUUGAAGAACUCUAAGGGUGUGGCUAGAGAAGCCAAAAGUGCUAGUGUUUCCUCAAGUGGAAAACAAACAUUGAGUUCAGUUCAGGAGAAGGCUGAGAAGUUGAAAGAAAUGCUAAAGACAUAUUUGUAUCCUGAAGAUGAUACUACAUCUAGCAAAGAUCCAAUAAAAAAACAGACUGGUAUUAUGCCUGGCAGUAAAGGACAGACUGUACAUCCUAAUAAAUCAAAUACUAGAACCAGUCCAUUUCCUGCAAGGUCUAUAGCCUCUAACUCAAAACAUGAGGCAAAUGUUACAAACUCUAGGACAGCUACACCUAUCAAGGGUCAGAUUAAUGUAGUUUCUAAAGUUUCUUCAACUCAAUCAAAGCCUUCUCGUGUUACUGAUAAGUCCGCUCAACAGAGUAAGGUUGAAGGUCGAAGUAUUCCGACGUUGGUGUCAUCAGGGUCAAGGACUCAUAAGGACGUGGCUGGAAAGAGAAAAGCUGAAUUAACUUCAACAACACAAGUAAAAAAGGCCAAGGUGACAGACUUAGAAGAUGAAGAUCCAGAAUAUGUGCAAGCCCAAGUGUACAUCAGCAAUAUACCACAUGAUACGUCAAAGGUAAUGAUUUUGGAUAUUUUGCGACAUUACAACUUUGAGUCACCACAAGUUUGGAUGGGUAGACAUACCAGUAAAAAGGAUAAGAUUUGUGCAUUUGUGAAGCUGCCCUCGCUGAAGGACUCUAAAAGGGUGAUUGCAGAGAUGAAAGGGUUUCCCUAUAAAGGAAAAGAGAUGGAGAUACGAUUUAGUGCCGCGGCAGAUUUUAUUGAUUACACAGUAGCUAACGCUGGCACAUCACUGUCAGCACAAGUCAGUGAAAUAGCUGCACCUUCAUCAAAUAUUGGAAGUAGGGGUGUGGUAUCAGUGUCCUCACAGCUUCCUGUGGCCUAUCCUAUUAGGAGUGGAGGCGUGGCUUCAGUGUCCUCACACCACCCAGUGGCCUAUUCAGCUCCUCCCACUGACACAACGGUUGCCACCCCUGCAGUCCUGCAUUCUGUAUCAGGUUCUGCAAUCCCUGUACAAACAAUUCCCACUUAUCCUCCCAUUGUUCAUGCAGUAGAAAGUGUCCCUUCGUACCCACCUCCGGUUGUACAUCCAGUAGAGAAUAUUCCAGCUUAUUCUCAGGUAGUUCAUACGGUGUAUCAUGGAGUGCCGCCACCAGCUCAAGAAGUAUUUACAGAACAUGUUGUACAGUAUCCAGAUAGGCUAUAUGGUGAUACAGAUAUACCUUCCAGAAAAAACACAGAUAAUUACAGUGAAGGUUCAUACCACAGAGACUAUAGACGGUCUUUAUCUCCAAGAGACGGACGAAGACACAGUCCACGUUAUUCCCCAAGAAGAGAUAGUCAUGGCAGUCCACAUAGAUCAUCAAGUAGAGAUAGGCGAUUGAGUCCCGACUUUCCAUCAAGGGGUCGGCAUUCUAGCCUUGGAUACUCUCCGCACAGAAGGUACUCUAGGAGUCCAGAUUUAAGGCAAAAUCCCGAUCCGCACGUGUACAGGCGGAGUAGAUCUCGAAGUCCUUUCAGCUCUCACAGUAGAGACCGAAGGCGAAGCAGAUCUCAUAGUCCUUUCAGUACUCAUAGCAGAGAUCAUGGGUUUGUUUCUUACCGUAGAAGCAGAAGUAUUUCUCCGGGAUAUUCAGCGGGACACUAUAGAUCAGAGAAAUUGCCGCUAGAUGACAGAUAUUCAAUAAGAGAUCAUGGAAGUUCACUUGACUUCCCUGAUGGAAGAGGUCGAAGGUCAAGUUUAUCACCUGAUAGAAGGUAUCAAGACUCAAACUAUAGAGGCGGUAGUAUGGACGCGUCAUUCAGAGUAUCUGACGUGGCUGAUCGCAGUGUCUCAGAAAUGUUUCUGGUACAUGUUGAAAAAUUGCCAGCUGAUAUUAAAGAUAGUGAGCUUGAGUCAUUAUUACAGACAUACCUGUAUGACAAUGUACGACUUACAGUACGGGAUGGUAAUGCUGUCGCAGAUGUCAGGGUAGCAUCGUCCGGACAAGCUAAAAUAAUGACCCAUGAGCUGGACGGGCGUAGAUUUAUGGGCACAGAGUUGGGGGUGGACUGGUCCAGGGAUUCUUCAAUAAGAGAGAGGGAAGAUAGACUUAGCGGUAUGGAUAUUGUAGCAGGUCAUUCAGGUGUAAGAGAUAUGGUACCUGACUUGGAACAAUCAAGAUCAUUUAAUAGAGAAAGGUCAAAAAGGUCACCUGAAAGAGACAGGUUGCAAAGGUCACCAGAAAGAGGCAGGUCACAAAGGUCACCAGAAAGAAGCAGGUCGCUUAGGUCACCAGAAAGAGACGGGUCAAAAAGGUCACCAGAAAGAGGCAGGUCAAAAAGGUCACCAGAAAGAGGCAGGUCAAAAAGGUCACCAGAAAGAGACAGGUCAAGAAGGUCACCAGAUUUGAAUAGGUCACAAAGGUCACCAAAAAGGGAUAGAUUGCGGAGGUCAUCAGAAAGGGACAGGUCAAAAAGGUCACCAGGACGUGAUGUAGGAGCCAGACCUGGAGAAAGUGCUAAAAAGGAUUGGGUCGAAGGACAAGAAAAAACUUUCUUCCAAAUUACAUAG